AUCUUGGAACUGAAGCGGCGGCGGCGGCGCUGCGGCGGUGCGGUGGGCUCGGUCCCGGGGCGGUGCGGCUCUCCGGCGCGGGCCCCACUCUCCGCUCCCUGCUCCGGCCUCGACCACGGCGAGCCCGAGCGCGGCGGCGGCCCACGCGCGGCGACGGGGAGAGAUGAGCAACAACAGCAAUAAGAGAGCUCCAACCACAGCCACCCAGCGACUGAAACAGGACUACCUUCGAAUUAAGAAAGACCCGGUGCCUUACAUCUGUGCUGAGCCCCUCCCUUCCAAUAUUCUUGAGUGGCACUAUGUGGUCCGAGGCCCUGAGAUGACUCCUUAUGAAGGUGGCUGUUACCAUGGAAAACUGAUUUUUCCCAGAGAAUUUCCCUUUAAACCUCCUAGUAUUUAUAUGAUAACCCCCAAUGGAAGAUUCAAGUGCAACACGAGGCUGUGUCUCUCCAUCACUGACUUCCACCCAGACACCUGGAACCCGGCCUGGUCCGUCUCCACCAUCCUGACUGGGCUGCUGAGCUUCAUGGUGGAGAAGGGCCCCACCCUGGGCAGCAUAGAGACAUCGGACUUCACGAAAAGACAACUGGCCGCACAGAGUUUAGCAUUUAAUUUAAAAGACAAAGUCUUCUGUGAAUUGUUUCCUGAAGUUGUGGAGGAAAUUAAACAGAAGCAAAGAGCACAAGAAGAGCUCAGCAGCAGGCCCCAGGCGCUCCCCCUCCCCGACGUGGUUCCAGAUGGGGACACGCACCACGGCCAGAACGGGCUUCAGCUCCUCAACGGGCACGCGCCGGGGGCAGGGCCACACCUGGCGGGGCUGCAGCAGGCCAACCGGCACCAUGGACUCCUGGGCGGCGCCCUGGCGAACUUGUUUGUCAUAGUUGGGUUUGCAGCCUUCGCUUACACGGUCAAGUAUGUGCUGAGGAGCAUAGCACAGGAGUGAGCUGCACCACCACCCACCGCGCAGGUGGUCGGAACGAGGGACGCCGGGCCCAGGCUUGACGCUGGCUGGAUGCGCCAUCGAGCACAGGGCGGACCGCCUGACCCUGGGUUAGCUUUUUAAAAACCGUUAAGAAGAAAACAAAAACCAAAGUGUGUGGUUUGGAUUUGGAGCAUACAGACGUGAGUUCCCAGACCCCUGUCCUCGCCCUAGGUCUCGGGGGCUGUGGAGCCCAGGGUUCGAGGAGGAGGGCCUCACGCUUUGGUUAGACCUUAUCUCCUGUGUUGUCUUUUGGACUUGUUUUAGUAAACCUGUUUUUCAUUUUAUAGAUUUGGUCACUGAAAACUAUAAAACUCGAUGCCUAUGAAAUACUCUGUGUGCAUUCUUAGUCCAGUGGAGCUCUGACCCCCCGGCUAGGGGCCGGCCCCACGGCUGUCCUCAGCCAUGUGGGCCUAGUGAUGGGGCCGGGGCUGGCUGGGCAGGGACUGCCCUGUGGGUCCAGGACCGGGGUUUGGUUCACUUAGAGUGAAGCAGUUUCCUUCCAGAAAAGCCUCUGGCUGCAGUUCAAGUUAGGAGUCUGCUCACUGACCACAAGGUGUCGCCUUUUACUUACAGAUAAGGCAGAGGGGCGGAGCCGCUGGUCCUGGGGCCUCAGCCUCCUCCAGGCUCCUGGUGCCCCCAGAGCCUUUGCUCUGAAUUCCUUGGGUCCAGGUGGCCCAGAAGCCCCGUCCUGUGCUCUGGAGGCCCCACCAGCCGGAAAGGGGUCCCCACCUGACAGACGGGCUCUGUGCACUUUGGGGCUUCCCUCACACUUGGGCAAAAUCUUGGGUUGACCCAAAAGGUAGGUUCUCUGUCCCCUUCGCACAGGGGUUGCCCAUCAGGUACUGGCCCUGCCUGGAAGGUCACACAGGGCCUGGGCCUCGCAAGGGAAAGGCUGCCUGUGGGCAUCGCCUCGGUUUGGGCUGACAGCCCCGGACACCUCCCGUCCCCCACCUGUGCGUGCUGGUUCACGGGGAGCCGCGACGACACCUCCCACCCUCCACCUGUGCGUGCUGGUUCACGGGGAGCCGAGACGACACCUCCUGCCCUCCACCUGUGCGUGCUGGUUCACGGGGAGC